AUGUAUACUCUUUUGUCAGGAGCGUAUCGGCAUUAUUUUCAAAAAGAUGAAUAUUGCAUCUUGAUUUUGGGACUUGACGAUGCGGGAAAAACGACGUUUCUUGAGCAAACGAAGACGAAGUUCAGUAAAGAGUACCGAGGAAUGCCGUUGAAUAAAAUAACCACGACGGUCGGCCUAAAUAUCGGAAAAAUCACAACGCAAGGAGUGAAACUGAUGUUCUGGGAUCUCGGAGGACAGGAAGAGCUCCAAAGUCUUUGGGACAAGUAUUUCAGCGACUGUCACGGGGUCAUUUUCAUCGUUGACUCCGCUGAUCCAGAUCGACUUUUGGAAUCAAAAAGGGCUUUCGACCAUGUUCUUAGCUUUUCUACGCUGGACAGCGCCCCACUUCUGAUUCUCGGAAACAAGCAAGAUAUCUCCGGUUGCCUGCCUAUUCUUGAGAUCAAACACGCCUUCCACGACUGCUCAAACAGAAUCGGCUCGCGAGAUUGCAUGAUUCGCCCCUGCUCAGGUCUGACAGGAGCAGGCGUCACAGAAGGAAUCGAGUGGAUGGCAAAGUGCGUCAAGCUGAAUCCCUUUCGCCCUCCGCGAAGAGAUAAACGAUGA